AUGAACGCCCAGCUGUCGAUGGAGAACAUUGGCGAUCUGCACGGAUUGAGCCAUGAUCCCAGCGCGGCGGAUCUUAUGACCGGAGACAGCGCUCAUCGCUCGCAAGGGACGCUUUCGGACCUGCUACGGAACCCUAAGCCCUGGAGCAAGCUCAAGUCUGGCCGGGAAACCUUCCGCAGGAUGUGGAAAUGGUUGCAGGAGCCUGAGUUCCAGAGAAUGUCCGCGCUCAGGCUCGCAGCGUGCAAGAGGAAAGAGCAGGAGCAUGGUAAAAGCGAGCGGGGGUGCAUCUCCAAGAAGCCCCGGCUGGUCUUCACUGAUGUCCAGCGUCGGACUUUACAUGCAAUAUUCAAAGAGAACAAGCGCCCGUCCAAAGAGUUACAAAUCACCAUCUCUCAGCAGCUGGGCCUGGAGCUCACCACCGUCAGCAACUUCUUCAUGAAUGCGCGUCGACGGAGCCUCGAUAAGUGGCUGGACGAUGGCAGCUCCAACUUGGCCAACUCCUCCUCCUCCAGCACUUGUACCAAAGCAUGAUGGAGUAGUGGCUGCAUUAUGGGGAAAAAAAAAAACUUCGGUGGAAAAGCUUUAAACAAAGAAAACUUAAGAAGAGACAAUUUUAGACAGCGUUUGCCCUUAAAACUUGUACAGUACCGAUAUUUAUAAUAUCCAAAGAAAAACACCAAAGACUGCUUUGAUCCCCAUUUAGGACCUUCUUCGUUUAUGUCUGACAUUCUGCAAAAAAAAAAAAAAAAAAAAA